AUGUGUUCCGGCGCCCCAAGCGAAGCGCAGUCGCUUUCGAAGGCGGAAGCGGCGAGCAAGACCGUCCCGGCGACGCCUCUGUCUCCUUCGCCACGGACCAUCCAUGGUGUUCGCUGGGUCCUGACGGUUGUCAGCGUCAUCUCGAGCAUGUUUCUCUAUUCCAUGGGCAACACCAUGGUCGCAGUAAUCACCCCGGGUAUUAUAAACGACCUGGGGGGUGCCGCAAAGCUCCCCUGGCUUACUGUUGGAUUCCAACUCGGAGCGUCGACUGUAGUGUUGCCUUUCUCCAAGCUCUACGGUCUGCUGAACGUCAAGUGGUUGUAUAUCACGUCGGUGGGUGUCUUUGCGCUCGGCACCCUGCUCUGCGGUGCUGCCCAAACCAUUGAUACCUGCAUUGUCGGCCGAAUCAUUGCCGGAGUAGGCGGACUCGGCAUGUAUCUCGGCGUGAUGAACAUUGUCUCCUCUCUGACAUCCGACAAAGAACGUCCGGGAUAUAUCGGUUACGUCGGUCUCAUUUGGGGCCUCGGUACCGUCAUGGGGCCGAUUGUUGGCGGCGGGUUCGACGACUCUCAGGCCACAUGGCGGUGGUCUUUCUACUUCACUGUGUGCGCAGCUGGCCUUUUCACACCCGUCUAUCUGGGCUUCUUGCCCUCGAUGGAAAGGAGCCCGGGUAAGCCAAUGAUGGCCAAGUUGAAAUCCGUCGACUUCCUCGGCGCCAUCAUCAGCAUCGGCGCAAUCAUGUGCCUCGUUCUCGCCGUCAACCUCGGCAGGUCGCUCUUCAGCUGGAACAGCCCGCCGAUAAUCGCCCUUUUCGCGGUGGCAGGUAGCCUGUUUGCUGCUCUAGCCUUGCAGCAAGCUUUUUGUUUCUUCACAACGCCCGAGAACCGCAUCUUCCCAGUGGCCAUGCUCAAGAACGUGAACGCGGUUCUGCUAUUUAUAACCACUGCUGGUGCAAACGCGUCCGCCUUUGUCCCAAUCUUUUACGUUCCCCUGUACUUUCAAUUCUCGAUGGGAGAUAAGGCCAUAGGAUCUGCCGUCCGCUUGCUGCCCCUCAUCUUCUCCCUCUGCGCCUUCAUUAUCCUAAACGGGCGGCUCAUGGCACGGUUCAACUACAUUCAGCCGUGGUACGUUGUCGGCAGCGCUCUCAGCCUCGUCGGAUCAGUCUUCAUGUCGCAGAUUAAGCCCGAUACCCCCCUGGGCAACAUUUACGGCUUCGAAGUCUUGAUGGGUGUCGGAACCGGCAGCUUUAUGCAAUGCGGCUACGCCAUUAUCCAGCACAUCGUGUCGCCUUCGCAGAGGCCGCAAGCGAUCGGCUUCAUGAUGCUUGGUCAGUUCAGCGGCAUCGUUUUGAGCCUUGCGAUUGCCGGCAGCAUCUUCAUAAACAAAGCGCUUUCCGGCCUCGCCGCCCUGAUGCCCGACGUGCCGCACUCCAGUCUGCAACAGUCAAUCAGCGGAACCAGCGGCUCAUUUUUUCGCUCGCUGUCACCGGAAAUGCAGAAACAGUCGGUCGAGGUCAUUGUCGGCGCCCUUGCUCAGACGUUCAUUGUUGCCUACGUUGGAGCUGCUAUAUGCCUGGUUCUGAGCUGCUGCUUUACUGUACGUAUAUCACUGUUCCCUACAAAGUUGGUAAAAAGUGGACUUAUGCUAACUCUGUUAUCUUGA